ACAGGAACCCGAAUGGUUCGCUUGUUGCUCUUUUUUUUUCCCUUUUAUUGCUCCUUUAAUUUUCUUUAUUGUUAUUAUUAGUAUAUUAUAUACAUCUUUUAAAGUCAUAUUAUGUCCUCGGAAGGACCAACAAUUUAUUUGAUAUUUGUGGUGGUGUCCAUUUUAUUGGUAACUGGAUAACAAAGAGAUAGGAUUUUUCAAAAUAGUAAAUGGAAUAAACAUUUUCAUCAUUUUCUUGAACUGCUAGAGCGGCUUUCAGUAUGGAUAUCAUAAUGGGGAAUUAAAUACACCCCAGUCUGUCAUUUCGAAAUGUACUGCUACCCCCAAUGCACCUUCACUUGGCAGCAAUGUCAGUCUUGACGUUUCUGCAGGUGUUUUACCACCUUGUAUACCCAUGUCCGAUUCGCAGUAUGGAUUAGUCGUUUCCAUACUCACGCUCGGCGGUCUUGUAGGUGCUCUGUCUGCCCCACACUUUAACGACAAAUACGGCCGACGUCUGACUCUUUUAGGCACCAACGCUUUUUUGGGAGGCGGAUCCCUUUUAGCAACGCUUGCAAGCGUACCAACACACAUGAUGAUCGGUCGCUUACUAUCAGGAAUAGGCGUUGGAAUGGUUACGGUAGUCGUACCCGCGUACAUUUCGGAGUGUGUCCCUGAGGCACGACGUGGAUUCUUUGGUGCUUUGACACAAUUAUUUAUUGUUAUAGGCAUUAUGGUAGCUCAAGUACUAGGCUUGGUAUGGUCCAAUUUGGAGCGUUGGCGAUAUAUUCUCUUUAUAGGCGUAUUAUUGGCAGUAGUUCAAUCUGUGUUCUUUUUGCCGUUUUGCGUUGAGUCACCAAAAUAUUUAGCGUCCUUGCCAGGAGGACUCAAUCGAGCUAAAAAGUCUUUAUUGAGAUUACGAGGAACUUCACUAGAAGAAGUAGAGGACGAAAUAAAUGACUGGCGUAGGGAUUGGGCAGCUCAUCAUGCUGAUCGUCAUCAGCAGCUCGAAGAAGAAGAAGAAGUGGCAACGGCAGCUUUCCAUAACGUCCAUCCUCCUUCUUCUCACGUGAACGUCUGGGAAUUCCUUCGAUCAAGCUAUUUUCGACGGCCUCUACUGAUUGUUCUCCUACUACAGCUAUCACAACAGUUGUCCGGCAUCAACGCUGUCAUCUUUUAUUCAACUUCCAUUAUGUCAACAGUAUUUCCUCACGCAUCAGGCUUAAUAACUGUUUCCAUCUCCAUUGUCAAUUUGAUUGUCACUGCAAUUUCUGCUGUUUUGAUGGAUAGAGUAGGUCGCCGCUCGUUAUUCCUUUUAUCUGCUAGCUCAAUGGCUUUGAUGGGUAUCUUAUUGGGUUGGAGUAUUGAAUAUGGAUAUAGCAUGCUAUCUGCAGCUGCCAUCCUUGGGUUUGUUGCUGCUUUUGCUAUUGGACUCGGACCUAUUCCGUUUUUAAUGAUACCUGAAGUGGUUGAGACACGAGCAGUAAGUAGCGCAUGUUCUGUUGGAUUGGCUAGUAAUAUGAUUUCAAAUUUCGCAGUGUCGGCUGCAUUUUUGGAAUUGAGAAAUUGGAUGGGUCAAGGCCAGGUGUUUUACAUAUUCGGAGCAGCUCUUGCAGGCCUUAUUGCCGUCGCAAUCAUGAUAUUGCCAGAGACAAAAGGAAGAACAGCUGAAGAUGUUAUUCGAUCAGGUUAUUCGAUAUAUCCUUGCCAUUAUGAACAAUUGCACGUAGCAGAAGAUUGAAUAAAAUAUAGUGAGAGUAUAUCUU